AUGGUAAAAUCUGAUCAAACAAUCGAACCAGAAAAAACAAAUCGUUUCGAAUUAACUGAACAUGGUCGUCUUUUAACAUCGGAUCAUCCAAGUAAAACUCGAUAUUUACUUUAUUGGGGAAUUAAAUCCAAAAAAUAUACAACAAUUCAACAAGCAAAACUUGGAAAUGAAUUUGACAAACAGAAUAUAUCAAAAGAUCGAUAUCAAUUCAUCAGUGGAGAUAUGUUUGAUGCAACGACAAUACCACAAGCUGGUGCAAAAGAACGUACACAAUACCAAUAUGAAUAUCUUUCAAAACAAGGUGGUUUUCAACUAAAACAAUUACAUUCUACAGAAACACCAAUUUCAAUCAUCGAAGCUGUUCCUAAUUAA